UGGUAUAUUUGUAGGCGUGGUUAAUAAAACAUGGCGUCCGACAAUGAAGCUAGCACAAUUGAAAAUCCUAGAAACCUCCAUCACAUCCUGUCUCCUGCUAAUAUUGAGGAUUUGGUCAGAGGUUGGAUAAAAGAGGAUAUGCCUUCCUUUGAUUAUGCUGGUAUUGUCGUUGGAGACAAGAUAGAAGAAGCUGCAAUUAUUGCAAAAAGCCCAGGGGUACUUAGUGGUGUCCCUUUUGUGGAGUCAGUAUUUUCUCAGUUAGACUGCAAGGUCACUUGGCUCUGUAAGGAGGGAGAGAAGGUCAAGCUAAUGUCUGAGGUUGCUCGAGUCAAAGGCCCAGCCUACAAGUUGCUCAAAGGCGAGAGAAUUGCUUUGAAUGUUCUAGCUCGUUCUAGUGGAAUUGCAACACACGCACGAGAGCUUUCUGAGCUUGCUAAGGAUCUCAAGUGGGCGGGAGAGAUUGCCGGUACAAGGAAGACGACCCCCGGAUUUCGACAAGUGGAGAAAUACUCGUUAUUAGUGGGUGGAGUUUCAACUCAUCGCUAUGACCUCUCAUCUCUGAUAAUGCUCAAAGAUAACCAUAUUUGGGUAUCAGGGAGCGUGAGUGAGGCCAUUAAAAGAGCUCGUUCAGUCGGCGGAUUUAGCCUCAAAAUUGAAGUUGAGUGUCGCUCGCUUGCCGAAGCCGAGGAAGCCAUUUUAAGUGGAGCGGAGAUUGUGAUGCUCGAUAACUUUGAGCCUGAAGCACUAGCAAUGGCUUCAAGACAUUUGAAAGGAGUUUAUCCGUUUGUGACAAUUGAAGCAAGUGGCGGCAUUCGUAGAGAUACUUUGGCUCAAUACUGCCUGCCGAGUGUAGACGUGAUUUCGCUUAGCUCUACAACACAAGGAUACGCCAGUGUCAAUUACUCAUUGAAAAUUCUAAAGGAGGGAAGAGAUCCUCUUAAUCCUAAAGUUACAGCUGAAAAUAUUUAAAAGUUUAGCAGCUGCAAACGUACUAUAUGUACAUGUACAUAUAAAGGUGUGUAUUAUGAAAUAUAUAAAAAUA